AUGCAUCGCGCGGCCCUCAGGGCGUUCCGGACAACAUCCACCUACCUCAGCGCCGCCCGCCACCUCUCCCGCAGCUCGCCGUCCGGAGCCUCCCAUCGCGUCCCCACGUCUGCCGCCAGCGACCUCCUCGCCAAGCGCCGGCAGCAACACUCCAGCGCCCAUGUGCCGCUGAAGUCCUCCAUGUUCUUCCGCCGAUUGCCCGUCGCCCUCGUCUCAGGUCUCGUUGUCGGCUACGGCGCCUGGUACUCUCUCAACUCGGCCUCCGUCCCCGGCGGCCAGGCCGUCUCGCGCAGCUUCACCUCGACCCAGGGCGCUAGCUAUGCCACCCCAACCCGCACCGUCUUAGUCGUCGGCGCGGACGAGCUCAGGCAGGGCACCAUUGUCGGCGAGGGGCCCAUAUCAAAGCCCACGGGCGACGACGGCCAGCGCAUCGUCGAAAUGUUGACGCCCGGCCAGGCCACCCAGAAGCUGCGCCGCUUGGAGCAGUCCUUUUCCGUCAACCGUGGCGAGGGUGUCAUCCGAUACGACCUGGCUCAGCUGCCGAGCAAUGACCCCAUCGAGGACGACCACGCCGAAAAGAUUGUCGAGGUUCCCAGCCGCUCCAAGGGCCCUGAUGGGAGCAGCGACUGGAUGUUUUGGGGCGUCUUUGAUGGCCAUUCCGGCUGGACUACGUCGGCCACUCUACGUGAAAGCCUCAUCAGCUACGUCGCCAGGGAGCUCAACAACACCUACAAGGCGGCAAAGAGCCCUGCCGCUCCCGCCCCCGAUGCCAUCGACCUGGCCAUCAAGACGGGCUUCAACCGUCUGGACCAUGAGAUAGUCCACAAGAGCGUCGAGAAGGUCUUCAAGGCCAGCUCCAAGACCGUCGCCGCAGAGCUUCUGCAGCCUGCCUUGUCCGGCUCCUGCGCCCUCUUAUCCUUCUACGACAGCAAAAGCAAGCUUCUACGCGUCGCCUGCACGGGCGACUCCCGGGCCGUACUGGGACGCCGAUCCGAUUCGGGAAAAUGGACGGCAACCGCCUUGUCCGAGGAUCAGACGGGCAGCAAUCCUCAAGAGGCCGCACGCAUGCGCAAGGAGCAUCCGGGCGAGGACAAUGUGGUUCGCAACGGCCGCGUUUUGGGUGGACUGGAACCAUCCCGCGCCUUUGGUGACGCCGUCUACAACCCGUCCCCUCUUCUCAAAACGCCUCCUUACGUGACGGCGGAGCCCAUCAUCACCACAACCAAGAUCGAGCCGGAAAAGUGUGACUUUCUGGUCCUUGCCACCGACGGGCUGUGGGAGAUGUUGACCAACGACGAGGUGGUAGGACUCGUGGGCCAGUGGAUCGAGACGCAGGCCGCCGGCUCCUCGUCGAGCUCGCAAUUCGACAGUGCGUGGUCCAAGGUCUUUGGGUCACACACCAAGGACCGCUUCACCGUCAAGGACAAAAACGUGGCGACGCAUCUGGUCCGCAACGCCCUCGGCGGGACAAAUGACGAGCAAGUGUGCGCUCUUUUGACUCUUCCAGCGCCCUUUUCAAGGCGAUACAGGGACGACUUGACUGUCCAGGUCAUCUUCUUUGGGAACGGCGAGAGGACGGGCGAGGUGACACUCAACCUCGAGGCCACUGCCGAGCAAGACGCGCCCAAGGCCAAGCUCUAG